UGGAGGGCGAGGCGGUGGAGGCGGUAGCAAUGCACCUGCCGCUGGAGGUCCUUCUACGAUGUCAGUCCGUGUGUGUGAACUGGAAGGUCACGAUAGAGAAUGCUGGUUACCUGUGGAAGCAUGUCGUCCUGUCCAGAGACUUGCGGCCCAGGCUACAUCCUGUUGCGCUGCAGAAGAUUGUGCGAUGCGCCCAGGGUAGGUUGCAGGAACUAGACCUGAGAGGGUGUGCAAAGGUAGAUUGCUCGCAGCUUUAUGAGGAUGUGGAAUGUCUUGGAGAGUAUGUUGAGAUCAUACGGCUGAACAGGGAGGAUCAUUCCAAAAGCUUGCCCCCUGCUCUGAGCGCUUGCGGCGGAUUUCCACAUCUUCGCGUGUUGGAUCUUUCCUGGUGCCCUGGAGUGGACGAUGAGCUGAUCGCAAGCAUCUGCGCUACCUCUUGCACGAGCUCCAUACAAGAGUUGCUGCUACGAGGCUGUCUUGUCAGCGACCAGGGGGUAAUGAAUGCUGCAAGGUCGUGCAAACAGCUGAGGGUGCUUGACAUUGGGGCAUGGCCAUACUCGAGGUUGAGAGGGGUGAGAUCCGUCACUGACGUCAGCCUCUUCUUCAUCGCUCAGUGCGCAGCUUUCAGGAGUGAAGAUUUCUUGCUGGAAAAUCUGUGCAUCGCUGGUAGACGAGGGACAACAGACGAGGGGUUGGACGCUGUCAUCGAGUACUUGCCGUUCCUGAAGAGGGUAGAUGUUCGAUCCUGCUCAUCCAUCACGCAGCCUUCUCAGC